UCUCUUCCAGUGUGCGCUUGUCGUAACCUUGCCAACUCAGAAUAAAAAGGAUGCCUCCGUUUCGGUCCCGCAUAGCAGUUUCGCGUGAGUCUCCGUUGAGAGCCGACGGGCAGCAGUUUGGACCGGCUUCCUGUUGGCAGCAAUCACUAUGAGACUCGCCUUGCACCUCUCUGUCGAUUUUGGCAGGCGCUCAUUACUGCCGCUGCUGUGCGCGGCCUUCGUUCUGGCAUGCAUUACAAGCCAGCAGUCGUUCGCCCACGGAGCAGAAACCUGCAAUGCAGUCGUUCGCACGGAAAAGGGUUUGAUACGUGGCAAAUGCUUGACCAUCAGCGGCAAGAGCGUCGAGGCGUACUUAGGCAUACCAUACGCCGCGCCUCCGGUGGGCUCCCUGCGCUUCAGCAGGCCAGAACCAGCUAUUCGAUGGAGAGGAAUCCUGAACGCUACACAAAUGCCAAAGCCCUGCUGGCAGCUACCACUGAGGUUCCUGCCGAACUUGACCAUCGACUACACACACAUGGCGUCCGAGGAUUGCCUCUACCUCAAUGUAUGGAAGCCCGCCUCCCCCUGCUCCUCGCAAAAUGGUGCAUGCCCCAGGAAGCGCCCGGUUGUGGUGUUCAUACACGGCGGAGCGUUCCAGUGGGGCGACUCCUCUCUGUUCGUGUACAACCCGGCGAACUUCGUCGCUCUCGCAGAUGUCGUUUUUGUCUCGUUCAACUACCGCGUCGGCAUCUUUGGAUUUCUUGAUUCCAAGGCGGCUGGUAUCCAGGGAAACAUAGGCCUGUGGGAUCAGAAUCUUGUGCUCAAGUGGAUCAGAAGGAACAUUGAUCGGUUCGGCGGUGACCCUGACGAGGUCACUCUCGUAGGCCAGAGCGCCGGUGGCAUAUCGGCGGCCCUGCACUCAUUGUCUCCCUACAGUCGCGGCCUAUUCAAGAGACUGGUGCUGCAAAGUGGAACUCCAUUCUCCCUGAUCCUCGGCAUUGCAUUCGGAGGCAAAGCCAAGAUCAUCCUCACAGCUCUAGCAAUGAACUGCUACGACAAACAUAAAAAGCUUGAAGACCAGGCCAAGGCUAUCGCAUCCUGCCUGCGGAAAAUGGAGGCAACAACGAUAUUCGAGAAACUCGAUUCCCUCGACAUGAUACAACAGAUGUUUCCGCCAUCAGAAAAGGACGCGUUCAUCCCGGGCAAGGUGCUAUCCGCGGACACUUGGAAGCACUUGGCAACCAAAGAAAUCCUGCUCGGGUCUGUGGCCGAUGAAGGCACUGUGUUUUACCGCCUGCUCAAGGAAUCAGUUCCCAUUUUCAGCAAGCUGCUCAUCAGUGAUUCCCGCACUCUAGUCUCCUUUUUGAUGUCGGAGAUGUUCAACAUCGACACUGUGGACAGUGAGGGGCUCGUGAAAGGCUACUUCGGCGACACGGCUGGAGAACCUUCUGAGGAACAACUGGCUGCCACCAUAAGCAAGAUGAUUGGCGACGCAGUGUUCACUUGUCCGACGGUCUUCUUCGGGCAAAUAGCUGCCGAACAGGGUAUUAACACCUACCGGUACCUGUUCGACUACCGGCCAACCCACAGCCUCUGGCCCAAAUGGAUGGGAGUAGCUCACGCGGACUGAGAUUUCUUACACCUUAGGAUCACUACCCUUCCUCAAAGACGGAAAACUGCUUGUACAGCACCUGGGGCCAAAGGCGGUCAAAUACGCCGAACGCCUCCGUUAUACGCCGGAAGAAGAUCUCUUCAUGAAGAACAUCGUCCAGAUCUGGUCCUCGUUUGUGAAAACAGGGAAACCUUCGCUGCCUCCACCUGUUGUCGAAUGGCCUAAUUACACCAUCCAGAAUCCCAAUGUAAUUCACAUAGAAUUGAACAAGUACACAAAAAUGCGAGAUCAUCUUCAAAAUAAAUGCAGUCUCUGGAAGCCUUUCCUGCUAGGAACAAAUGCGACGUCACCUGACGCUGCGUAAGCGGGAAUGUCUUCGUCAAAAGCACAGGAUGCUCUGCUCGGUCAAGUCUAGUCAAUAUGUGUGUCUAUGUCUAUGUGUAUAUUUAUGUAAUUUUGAUUAGAAAUACAAUGUAUUUUGGUAUUCUGCGGCUUAGUUUUGUCUUCGGAGAAAUUAAGUGCCCGGAUGGAGCCUUACUGGUUUCACUUUAGCACCAGAUUCUCCCUAAGCU